ACUCUUAUGCUUUCUACUGCACGUUAAAAACCUUUCAAAAUCUUCGGUUUUUCCUUCUCUUCUCACUCCCGUUUCCUUAUCCAAUCUCUGCCCUUCAUCACGAACCCACCUUGCAGACAAUGCCUUCAUCUUCCAUUCCCGCAAUCUGCACCGCUCAUCGAGCUUGCCUCCUAGAAUUUCCACAUCUCAGAGAGAUGUCAGCCUUGACCAGAACAUUGCUCGGUCGAAUAGGAUGAUCGACCAACUCAGCCGAGAAGGGAAAAUCUCUGACGCCCGAUGCUUGUUUGAUGAAAUGCCCGAAAGAGAUGUUGUCACGUGGACGGCUCUGAUUUCUGGGUACAUCAAAUGUGGCUUGAUAAAAGAGGCUCGCCGGCUGUUUGAUGAAAGUGCAGCGAAGAAGAACGUUGUUACGUGGACAGCAUUGCUUGCUGGGUACUUCCGUUUUAAGCAGAUUGAGGAUGCCGAGAGGUUGUUUGCAGAAAUGCCUGAAAGAAAUGUCGUUUCUUGGAACACAAUGCUUUCUGGGUAUGCGAAGAAUGGGUGUGUUGAUUCUGCUUAUGAUUUGUUUGAGAAAAUGCCUGAAAGAAAUGUGGUUUCUUGGAAUACGAUCAUUACAGCGUUGGGCCAAGAAGGGAGAAUUGAGGAAGCACGGCGGCUUUUUUAUCAGAUGCCGGUGAGAGAUGUGAUUUCUUGGACAGCAAUGGUUGCUGGUCUUUCCCAGAAUGGUAGGAUUGAUGAAGCUCGCAACCUUUUUGAUCAGAUGCCUGAGAGAAAUGUGGUGUCUUGGAAUGCAAUGAUUGCGGGUUAUGCACAGAAUCUGAGGCUGGAUGAAGCUUUCUAUCUCUUUGAGAGGAUGCCUGAAAGGGACCUUCCGUCAUGGAAUGCGAUGAUUACGGGGUUUAUCCAAAAUGGGGAUUUGAGAUGUGCUCGGAAAUUAUUCAAUGAAAUGCGGGAAAGAAAUGUGGUUACUUGGACUUCUUUGAUCACAGGCUAUGUGCAAGAUGGGCAGAGCGAGGAGGCCAUGAAGAUCUUCUCACGAAUGUUGAACGAUGGAAUUAAACCCAACCAAGGAACUUUUGUAAGUGUUUUGAGUGCCUGUAGCAGUUUGGCUGGUCUCGGCGAAGGAAAGCAAAUUCAUCAGAUCAUAAACAAAACCAUCUUUCAGUUCAACACCUUCGUUGAAUCGGCUCUCAUAAGCUUGUAUGCAAAAUGUGGUGAGAUCAGCAUUGCCAGAGAGAUGUUUGAUCGUUCAAACCAAAAGGACUUGGUAUCUUGGAAUGGGAUGAUCGCUGCAUAUGCCCACCACGGUUAUGGCAGAGAAGCGAUCUGUUUGUUUGAUGAGAUGAGGGAAAAUGGAUUCAAACCCGAUGAUGUCACCUACGUCGGGGUGUUAUACGCAUGUAGUCACUCAAGCCUAGUUGAUGAAGGGAUAGAGUAUUUCAAUGAAUUGAUCAGAAACCCAUCAAUCGAAGUGAGAGAAGACUAUUAUACAUGCUUGGUUUAUCUAUGUGGAUGGGCUAGACGGCUUGGGGAGGCUGUGGAAUUCAUCGACCGACUAAAGAAUAAACCAUAUGCAUGCGUGUGGGGGGCACUUCUAGGUGGGUGUAGUGUCCAUGGGAAUGUGAGGAUAGGGAAACAUGCAGCUAAGCAGCUCUUGGAGGUGGAGCCCACCAAUGAUGGGACAUACUUGUUAUUAUCUAAUAUACAUACAUCAGCUGGUAGAUGGAAAGAGGCAGCUAAGGUGAGAUUGAAGAUGAAAGACUAAGGAUUGAAAAAGUAACCUGGGUGUAGUUGGAUUGAAGUAGGUAAUAGGGUCCAUGUGUUUGUGAUUGGUGAUAAGUCUCAUGGCCAAGCCAAGGAGAUCUAUUACUUGCUUCAAGAUCUUCAUCAGAAGAUGAAGAAGACAGGGUAUAUUCUUAAGAAGGAUUAUAGAGUUAAUCAUGAUUUUUUAGUAAUUUAA